AUGGUGGAAUUAGACAGUGGCGUCGACACCGAGCUGGCUGACAGCGGUGCUGAUGCUGUCUCGGUACAGCAGCGCCUGUUUCUGGUUACUGAGUUGCUGGUCGAGCUUCAACAGCAAGGUCUCCGAGUGCAUGGCAACGGCGAGGAUACUUUCCAUUGGAGUACGGAGGCGAGUGGUAUUUUCACGGUGAGUUCUUGCUACAACCGCUUUAGAGAGAAACUUUCGGGGGCCCCUCUUGAUAAUUCUACGGUUUUAGCUUUAGCCCAAAUUUGGAAAGUUAAUGCCCCCUCGAAAAUCCUUUUAUUCGGAUGGCGGUUUAUUAUCAAUAAACUUGCAACAAAAGACCUUUUGGUCAAAAGGGGAAUUCUAUCGGAAGGUGAUGAUUCUAGAUGUGUUUUUUGUGAUAAGGAGGAUGAGUCGCAACGUCACUUGUUUGAUCUUUGCGAAGUGACUAAAAGGGUGUGGAGGAAAGUCUAUGAUUGGGUUGGCGUUGACACUUGUUUAUCUAGAGACGAGUUUGUGAAUUAUUUUCACUAUUGCCAGAAAAUUAAGUGUGUCAAGACUAGAAUCAUUGGGGCGGUGGUGUGGUUAUCAACG